UCAGUUAUGUCAAAGUUGAUUGUAAACUACGUCAGUACACUGAUCCACGUUGUACGUUAUAACGUAACGGUAUUGUAAAGAAACGUUAUUAUGAGUGUGUGUUUAAUGGACAUAUCUUAAAAAACAUGAAAUCCUUUCUGUUCUUGCUGGUAAUUUUGGUAGAAGGUUGCUUUGGAUACCGGGUUGUGUGUGUUUAUACAAACUGGUCACAAUACAGACCUCCUGGAGCUAAGUUCCUUCCAGAAGACGUUGAUGCCAAAUUGUGUACACAUCUAAUAUAUGUUUAUGCCAAGCUGAAAGGAAACAAGCUGGAACCAACAGAAUGGAAUGAUGACGGGUCGGCAUGGAGCGAGGGCAUGUAUGACCGUGUCAAUAACUUGAAACAGAUCAAUCCUGAGAUGAAGACAUUGCUAGGGGUAGGUGGUUGGAUGAUGGGCAGUAAAGAUUUCAGUAAACUAGCAUCUGGUAGAAUAUCCAGGAAACUAUUUGCAAAGACAAGUGUAAAGUUUCUGAGGGACAGAAAGUUUGAUGGUUUAGCGAUUGACUGGCAACAUCCCACUAAACGUGGUGGCAAACCACAAGACAAAGUUAAUUUUUCUUUGCUGCUUAAGGAGAUUAGGAAGGCGUUUCAAGAUGAUAGCAGAAAGACGGGUUUACCACCAUUAUUGCUUACUGCAGGGGUAUCAGCAAGUAGAGAAGUAAUUGAGGAAGGCUAUGAAAUUGACAAUUUGACAAAAUAUACAGAUUUUCUGAAUGUUAUGGCUUAUGAUUUGCACGGUGCUUGGGAUAAUUACACUGGGCACCCUAGUCAGCUGUAUCCCAGAGAGGAAGAGUUUGGGCCGCCAGCUGAAAUAAAUGUGGAUUCGGCCAUGCGUUACUGGAUGUCAAAGGUUCCUGAUAGGACUAAGUUAAUAUUGGGCGUAUCCUCAUAUGGACGAACUUUCACACUUCGCAAAACACGACAUAAUGACUACAACGUUCCGACGACGGGACCUGGAGAAGCCGGAGAGUUCACACAGCAACCGGGCAUGCUCGCAUAUUAUGAGCGAUGUUCCCAGUAUGCUGAUGCAAAGCGAGUCUGGGAUCCGGUGAGUCAAGUUGCUUACUGGCAUAAAGGCAAUCAGUGGAUUGCUGGAGAAGAUGUUGAAAGCGUUAAAGCAAAGGUAAAUUGGAUGAGGUAUAACAAUAUUGGCGGUAUCAUGCUUUCACCGCUUGAUAUGGACGAUUUUACCGGCAUGUUUUGCACAGGAGAUAUAUAUCCACUUUUAAUUUCGAUUCACAAGCAACUUCUUGCACCGCUUCCGAAACAUUCUAGGGUGCGAACUAAUAAGCGUCCUAAGCAAGUCCCGUUAGGUGUUACCAAAUCACCUACUUUUUCGACAACAGAAUCUGUAAGUACUUUUUCUACAACGAAUUUCAGUUAUGAAUUCGCCUAUGAAACUACAACAGAACUUCCAGCAACAACAACUGUAAACACUUUCUUGAUAAAUCAAAGAAGAAAUAAACUUCAUGAACACAUUGAAAAAGCUAAAGUAGCAAAUCAAACAUAUAAUCAAAAUAUAACCAAAAACAAAGUAAUUUUUCAAAAGAAACAGAGCAAAAAACAGACUGCAACAAGUGCAUACUUUGAUAGUCUCGCAACUGGUGAAAGAAAAAGUCCAAGCAAUUACGUGGAAGGUGUAUUGACUGGUAAACAGAUUCCACGAAGCGCAACAUCUACACAAUUUGGUACAACAGUAAAUCAAGCUGAAACAAGUACACAGAUACUAACGUCCGUGGCAACACAAGCAAUUCAAGUCACCAAAACCAGCCAAGAAUCGGAUAUGAGGAAUUUUUUGAAGAACGCAGCUGAUCUACCAUCACACAGUCUUAUUAAUGGAAUUAUGAAACUUCUCGGGAACAAUGGUCAUUCAGAUAUUAGUGGAGAUAAAAGAAUAAUCACAACAUCAUCAGAUUUGAAGAUUGCAUCGUCUACGAAAGCUACUACUUUUGAAACAACUACUGAAGCAAUUAUUCGAACUCAUUUAAAUGAACCUGCUAUUAGUAUUAGAGAUUUAAGAAUAUCGGCUCCGACACACACACAUAACAAACGUCAUUUAGUUCAAGAGAUCAGAAAUACAGGGCGAGUAAUUCAACCGUUCAUCGACAAUCGUAGAGACUUAAUAUCAGGUGGAAGUUUAAGAGAACAUUUGAGAAUUCAACCGAUCAGAAAUGAUUUGUCUGUUCGUGUUAACCACCCAGCUAGUGGUAAACAAGUGUUUGAUACAUUUCAAAAAGAUAUGCAGAUUGAACCUAUCAAACCAAAAGAGCUUGUCCCUCCACCAUUUCCACUUCCAGAUAUGAGAGAAGCUCGUCCAAGUAAAAGUUUUCUUGACAUGAAAGAUCUUGGUUUUCUCGCCAAAUGAGUUAUUUCUUUAAAGCAAAUCACCGUAGUGUAUAGUAGCAACCGUAUAGCAAGAGUAUACAUGACAAUCCAAUAUAUCAGCAACGAUACUUUAAAAUAGAGUGAAAUAAGAAUCCCCAAAGAAAGCCCAACGCGGCAAAAUAAAACCAACAUAGUGACGUUACAUAAUACAGCUAAGUUACAUAAUAAAGUUACGUUUUCAUAAUGCAGUGCAGUUGUGAUACAUAAUACCGAUAUGUUACAUAAUACAAUACCGUAAUAUUAUACAGUUACCUUUAAUUAUACAGUGACGUUACGAUAAACAGUAUACAGUCAAACGUUUAUAACUAAAUGAGAUUCAUCCUACAUAUGUAUAUACACUUCUAUUUCAUUUAUUGUCAUUUCAUAUCACAAAAUGUUUAAACAACAUACAUACAUUGAAUAUGUUUGUUUUUUUGCUUGUUAAUUACGCUAGUGAAUAUUGAACAUACAUCUUUCCACAUAUGAUCUUUUUCACUAUGUAAAUAAAGUAGCGUAUAGCGAUACUGUUGCUGUAUUAUUGUGAAACCAAAGAUUUAUAAACAAAUAUUAUAGUUAUAAUAAAAUACAUUCGAACGGG